UCAUUUCUUUUCCCCCACAACCUAGCCAACAUUUUUCGUUUUUCUCCCAAACAAAGCCAAAACCCUAACUAGUAAGUAGUAACUCCCUAGUAACGAGCCAAAGCCAGAUCUGACCAUCGACGGCCCACGGCCAGUCGGCCACCGUGACGGCGUGACACCGUCUCUUCCGUCUUUCCCACAGCGACGGCGAACCAGCCGGCAGCAAGCCAUCAACCUUUCCGAAUUCCGGCCGUUUGAAAAUUGAAAGGUCUGACCUUGAACAAUUAUACAAGUGCACUCUUGCAACAAAGAGAUUGAAUAUUAAACAUCAUGUCGAGUCGAAAAGAAACAGUUUUAGAUCUUGCUAAGUUUGUUGACAAGGGGGUCCAAGUCAAGCUUACCGGUGGAAGACAAGUGACUGGGACGCUAAAGGGAUAUGACCAAUUGUUGAACCUUGUGCUGGAUGAAGCCAUUGAAUAUCUGAGAGAUGCUGAUGACCCGCUGAAGACUACGGACCAGACCAGGAGCCUUGGCUUAAUUGUUUGUAGAGGAACAGCUGUGAUGCUUGUUUCCCCCACUGAUGGCACUGACGAGAUCGCAAACCCUUUCGUCCAGCCAGACGGUGCCUAGAUUUUGUUUGGUAGUAAUGAUUUUCUAAAUGUAAUUCUUGUUUUCCUCAAAUAUAUUUGGUGUACCAAAAAGUAGCCGAGUUCUUCAUGAACCCACCCUUCUUUUGGCGAAGAGAUCAUGUAAAAUGCUACACAAGUGUUUUGAAUUGCUAGAGAAUGAUUGUGCAGGUCACGACUAUUAAUAGCUACUGAGUUCUUUUUUUUCUUU